GUCACACUGCUGGGGGAGAUGUAAGGGGGCGUUGCGUGAGGAGGAGAGGGGUGCCGGCAGGUGCGUGUAGACCCUGCCCGCCCCGCCGGUCUCUUAUGGGGCCGCAGGACCCUCCGCAGGGCGGCCCCGCCGCCGGGCUGCCGCCGCUGGAGACACUGAAGCAGUGGGCGUGCGAGAUGGUGGAUCUGAACGCGUCGCGGCUGGGCGCGCUGAGCCGGGACAUCUGGAGCCGGCCCGAGCUGGCCUACGAGGAGCACCGGGCGCACGACACCCUGACCCGGUUCUUCUCCAGCGAGGAGCUGCCGGGAGCCACUUGGGCCGUGCAGCCGCGCUACAAGCUGGACACGGCCUUCCGCGCAGACUGGGGCACGGCCGCAUCUCAGGGCUCUCGGCCGCUCCGCUUCGCCUUCCUCUGCGAAUACGACGCUUUGCCCGGCAUCGGCCACGCCUGUGGGCACAACCUGAUCGCCGAGGUGGGAGCCGCCGCCGCGCUGGGGCUGAAGGCCGCCCUGGAGAGGCUGCCGCAGCCCCCGCCCGUCGCCGUCCAGGUCACGGUCCUGGGGACGCCCGCGGAGGAACAAGGAGGAGGCAAAAUAGACCUGAUAAAGGCUGGAGCCUUCGACGGCCUGGAUGUGGUUUUGAUGGCGCACCCCUCGCAGGAAAACGCGGCUUACCUGCCCGAUGUGGCCGAGCACGAUGUGACUGUGAAAUACUAUGGAAAAGCUUCUCAUGCUGCUGCUUAUCCUUGGGAAGGAGUUAAUGCAUUAGAUGCUGCUGUUCUUGCAUACAACAAUCUGUCUGUUUUAAGACAGCAAAUGAAACCGACCUGGAGAGUUCAUGGUGUAAUAAAAAAUGGUGGUGUGAAACCUAAUAUCAUUCCUUCUUACACUGAACUAGAGUUUUAUUUGCGUGCCCCUUCAAUGAAAGAUCUUUCUGUGCUGACAGAGAAGGUUGAGAACUGCUUCAAAUCUGCAGCACUAGCCACAGGAUGCAAAGUGGAAAUAAAGGGUGGUGAAAAUGAUUAUUACAAUGUGCUCCCAAAUAAGAGCCUGCAGAAAGUUUACAAGGAGAACGGAAAGAAGCUUGGAAUAGAGUUUAUAUCAGAAGAUUGUAUCUUGAAUGGCUUGUCAGGUUCCACAGACUUUGGAAAUGUUACAUUUGUAGUCCCUGGCCUUCAUGCUUAUUUUUAUAUUGGCUCUGAUGCAUUAAAUCAUACUGAGGAGUACACAGAAGCUGCAGGGUCAGAGGCUGCACAGUUCUACACUUUGCGCACAGCAAAAGCUUUGGCAAUGACAGCACUGGAUGUCAUUUUCAAGCCAAGUCUGCUAGAAGAAGUCAGGGAGGACUUUAGACUGGUGAAGCUAAAAGAAGAGGGGCAAAUAAAUCCUGUAGAAUCCAACAAAGAAUCCAUUGUUGGCACAGAAGUGUGUGCAUCACACUAAACUUCAUUGAAUCUCUCACAGUAGGAUUAUCCUAAUGGAGAUGCUGUACUUAAAUCCCAGAAGGAGCUGGAUAAACACAUAGCUGAAGAAAUGUUGAUUUUAAUUUUUUUUUUUCAUAUUAGGAGAAGCAAAUAGUAUCAUUGCUUUAAAAAAUGUGCAAUUUCAUCUAGCUGUAAUGUUUGCAUUUGAUAUGGGGAUGAAUUUCAGAGAGAUCUCAUAUGCUGUCUUCAAGUUGCAGUGCUGAAUAAAUGACAGUGUU